AAGUGACUAAUAGCAAAGUUUAACCUUGUUAUAUAUAAUAUCUUCAUUCUUCAAGGACUUGGCUGUAGCACUUGCCUUAUUUCCUUUUCUGUAUUAGCUCUCCACUAAGGAUUUCGUUCAUCGUCCCUAACAAUCUGUGAAAGAUGAGCAGCGAUGACAGUUUGGACAAACUUAUAAAAGGAACGUUUGUUGAUCCCUCGCCGGAAAAUAGCCUGGAACUUAGAGAAGACCUUCGACAGCUUGGGAUUCCGGCAACUGAAGCACAAAUUGGCGCGAACGUACCGCCGUUGCCGGGCGAUGAUAAUCAGGUCAACUCGUUGAGCUUGACGUCGAGUAGUAGAAUGAAAAGAAACCUGGAAUUUGUAUUCGAUAAUUUCUCGGGAGAUAAAGGAGAAGAAAAAAAGAAGCAGCGCCGAGGAGGCUUUUAUAUCGGUGAAUCAUCAAAUCCGCAGCAACAACGAGGAGCGGAAAGUAAAGAAGAGGAUUUAUCUGAGCUGGAAAUGGUGAAAGCUUUCAAGGAUCGUAUUAACAGCCAGAUAAAGAUCGACGACAUGGCAUAUAUGAAAUCUGUGAUCUUGAUUUUCCAUCAGAUGAUAGAGAUGAAAGCCUCUUCUCUCUUGCCAAAAGUUCUCGGCUCCCACAAGCAAAUCAAAUCGCAAUGCCCAGUUCGAUCUGAUCUUGAUGACAUUAAGCGAAAGGUCCUUAAAAUCGAGCUCGAGUUCAAGGACACUGGUUUGACAGAUGAGGCAAAGCGGAGAUUGCUCGAAUUAGAAGAAGAAUUUAAAAGAUUAGAUCAAAAAUGGAUGAAGGACAUGACAAAAGCUGGGAACCUUGAUGCAAUCUUCACUAAUAAUAUGGAUUUCAGCGUGGAGACACUAAGGAGAGAGCUUUCUUCAGCAUGCCCUUGGAUUGAUAUGAAGAAAUUACUGUAAAUAAUGAUCUUUAUACUGUUGAUUAAGAUCAUGGAAGUUUGGCAGCUUGUGAAGGAUAACUUAUCAUUGUUAUCACUCAUCUUUUGUUACCUUUUAGAACACACUCAACUUUGAAGGAUUGUUUGAUAUAUUUUUAAUUUUCUCUAUGAAACUCUUUGGUUUUAACUUUGUGGAAUUAAAA